AUGUCCCAGACUGAAUCCUGGUUGAGACUCCUAGUUUAUAUAUGCUCUCUUAAAGAUAUGGCUCAGAAAAAUGAUUCUUCAUUUUCUGACGUUGUCAAGGAAGUUGUAGAGCAACAGCAAUCCCAAACAUCUGAAAUUGAGAAAAACAAAAAAAUUCUGUUCCAAUUGCAGAAUGAAGUCCAUGAGUUUGAAAAACAAAUAGGAUCUGUCAUAGCAGAGACCAAAGAAACAGAAAAGCACAUCUGUCAGCAAGAAAGUGAAAUAGAAAAAACCAAGCUUCAUUGUGAAAGCCUAAAGACUCAAAUCAAAUCCUUACAUGCAGAAAAUGUAAAGCUCAAAUUUUCCAUAGAAACUGCACAAGAAGAGUUUGAAGAGUACCUUCUAAGAAAUAAAACAUAUGAUGAGAAAAUAAGAAUAUAUAAAGAAGAUAUUGCUAAAGCAGAAAAUAAAUGGCCAUUUGUAAUUGAACUCCAUCAGAAAAAAGAACAAGUUAAAAAAUUAAUAGCAAAGAAAAAGGAAUUGAUUUGUGAUCUCCAGAAUCCAGAAGGAAACAUAAAAGAAGCACAGGAAGAAAUUAAGAUUUUAAAAGAUAAAAUUGUAACUGUAGCAGCAUCUAUCUCCACAAAAAAUAAUUUGCUUGAGGAAGAGAAAAAAGUACAUGAAAAACUGAUAAAAGAAAUAGAGGUACAAAAUAAAAGGUAUGAUGCUAUUUUAAAGCGCUUACACUGUCAAGUGAACAAGCUUCAGGCGAAAAGAAGACAAUGGCAGUGGAAUAUUCAACAGAUGGAAAAAACAGUGGAAGAACUAAGAAGAUGCAUAGGAAUGAGAGAAUAAGACAGGAUUCUGGCAAAAUUGAGAAUACAGGGGACAGUGUCUGCCAUCCUUGACUUACAGCAAAAUAAUUUGGGAAAAAAACCUUUGGAUCUAGGAUUUAUCAUUUCUUAGCUAGUCUUAAUUAUUGAAUGGGUGUUGCUUCAGUUACACUGAGACCUGGGUAAGAUCUUAGCUUAAAAAGGCUAAGGUCUCGCACUGCAUCCAGGGCCAUCUCCAGUCUCCUGAUCUGCAUCUGGCCCAGGUGGCUCUGGAGGGGAAAGUGAGGCAGGGGACCUUGAUCAGGCCUCCCUCACAUAAAUCCAGCUCACUUGCAAGUCAUGGCUUCAUCUUCCUGAUGUCAUAGUUGUCUUUGAGGACGAAGGAUAAACAACAAUUACCAAAACAGUUGGAUUUACCUUCAGAGAGACUUACAUAAUGAAUGUUUCCUCCCUUUUAAUAAAACGAGUCCUCGGUUUUAAUUAAGGCACUGCAGUUGAGAACAGGUAUGUGGUAGAAGAGUAUGUGUAGAAAUUUUGAGUUGUAGAUGGGGGACUCUACUGAUUUGUUCAGCUGAGUUAUUUAUAAAGAAGCCUUAUCUACUGUUAGACUACAUGUAUGGACUGACUGGGAAAGACCCCUUUAUACAGAAACUUAACUCAGCUAAAUGCUGAACUUUGAAAACUAGGUGUAUAAUUCUGUUUGGUUUUUUUUUUUUUUUCAUUUAGUGCCAAUAUUCUGUAAAAUAUUUGGCAAGAGAAUAUUACUCUUGAAUAUACAAUAAUUUCAGUUUUAAUACAUUUUAAGCCUAAUAUUUUAGAAAGAAAACUUAUUUAUUUCAGAUUAUGUUACAACUUGCUUUCUAGAUAGCCAUUUUAGCAAUAAUCCAUGAUAAUAUUUACAAUAAUUUCAUUGUUACAGGUUCAAAAAAACGUAACUUUUCUA